AACCUGAAAAUGGCGACUUUAAAGUUUGCCACUUUACUCACUUUCGUCGCCGCGAUGUCCUUCAAGGUGAAUGCUGACCCUGACGUAUUGAAUGAGACAGCAGCCACCACGAUGACGACAAAGGCCCCCCUCGCAUCGAAUGAUACAUUAGCCCAGAUUCGGGAAGAGUGCAAGGAGUCGCCGGACGAUUGCUACGGACUUCCGGGGUCGCAUGAGAAGAAUUGUGUCAAAGAAGGCACGUGCACGACUUUGGUCUCCCUGCAGAAACACGGGACCGUCUUCGUGGUUACGAUGUCCACCAUGAAGGACGCCGACAAACCAACCUGGGUGGGGUUUGGAAUUGCAGAAGAAGGUAUUAAAAUGGUGAACACCUUCAUCAUGAUUUGUCGAUCUUCUGAAUUCAAAAACAAGACUGCGACUACACACUGGGCUUCGGGGUCAUAUUUUCCGGAAGAGGUGUACGAACCGAAAUUGCAAAAUGUCAUCGUGAAAGAAGUUUCCCCCGAGGGACGGACUUUCUGCCAGUUCGAAUUGCCACCCAAGUUUAAGGUUCACCCAAAGGGUGAAAAGGAGAAAGAGUUUGACCUUGACGACAAAAACUACGCACAUCUUUUGGCCAUGGGGACUUUCAACGAGGCGGGUAGUAUUCCUGGUCAUAGUGUACAGUUCCGGUACCUAAAGGAAGGAGGGGGCUCGGGAGGGGAAUCGGACUCGGGAUCGUCCCCCCAACCACUUCUUUCGGUCGCGGUGAAGGUCUUGUUACUGAUGAUGAUCUGGGGAUGUUACGGGAUGUAAAUGUUUCCAGGAAACUUUGUGCAUGUAUGACUAGCAGAUAUUUAUGAUU